AUGGGAGAAGAGAACCACACGGGCCCGUUGCAGUUCAUUCUCCUGGAUGUCUCUGCCCAGCCAGAGCAUCAGCAUCUCUUUGCCUUGCUCUUCCUCACCAUGUACCUGUUGAUCCUUCUGGGGAACCUGCUGAUUGUCCUGCUGGUCUACUCUGAUGCUCACCUCCUCCACACACCAAUGUAUUUUUUCCUUAGCCACCUUUCUUUGGCAGACAUGGGCUUUGCUUCUGUGAUUGUCCCCAAGAUGCUGCAGAACCUCCUCUUUCAGGUCAAGACCAUCUCCUAUGGUGGUUGCUUUUUGCAGAUGUAUUUCUACAUGGCGUUUGGCAACACAGACAGCUUCAUCUUGGCUUCCAUGGCUUAUGAUCGCUACGUGGCCAUCUGCCACCCAUUACACUAUGCCACACGCAUGAACCACAAACGUUGCCUCCUACUGGUGGUUGGUUGUUGGCUCCUGGCAUCUCUCCAUUCCCUUCUGUAUACACUGUUAAUAUGUAAAAUGGCCAGAAAGAACCAGACAAGCAUCUCUGAAAUGGUCCUUUUGGGUAUCUCUGCCCUAGCAGAACAUCAGAGUCUCCUCUUCUCUCUUUUUCUCUUCAUCUACUUGUUAACCCUACUAGGGAACCUUUUGAUAAUCCUGCUGAUCCGCUUUGAUGACCACCUCCGUCGCACCCCAAUGUACUUCUUCCUCAGCUACCUCUCGCUGGCAGAUGCCAUGUUUGCUUCCACCACUGUUCCUAAGAUAUUGAUGAGUUUGAUGUCUGAAACCAAGACCAUCUCCUUCAAUGGCUGCUUGAUCCAGAUGUAUUUCUUCUUGACAUUUGGCAACACUGAUAAUUUCCUCUUGGCCUGCAUGGCUUAUGACCGCUAUGUGGCCAUCUGCCGCCCUUUACAUUACACCACCGUGAUGAGCCACAAGUGCUGCCUCAUUUUGGCUUCUGGGUCCUGGAUCGUUUCCGCUCUCCACUCCUUGCUUUACACGCUUCUGGUAUCCCGCCUGUCUUUCUGUGCCUCUAGGGAGAUCCCCUACCUCUUCUGUGACGUCUAUCCUCUUUUGGAACUCUCCUGCUCUGACACAGGGCUCAUAAAAAUUCUGGUGCAGACAGAGGGAGUUGUGGAUAUCCUAGGGCCUUUUGUUCUCAUCUUCAUCUCCUACAUCCACAUCUUCUGUGCUAUCAUGAGAGUCCCACCUACCGCUAGGAAGCGCAAAGCCUUCUCCACCUGUGGCUCCCACUUGGCUGCAGUGAUCUUGUUCUACGGCACCAUCAGCUCCCUCUAUUUCCAGCCUCCCUCUGCUUACGCAGCCCAGAAAGGAACCGUCAUCUCUCUCUUGUAUGCAGUGGUCACACCCAUGCUGAACCCCUUCAUCUACAGCCUGAGGAACCAGGACAUAAAGGCAGCUGCACGGAGGCUUCUCGGCAGGAUCAGAGAUUUUCUGAGGAAGCAGGCACCUGGAAAAGGCACAGUGUCUUUUUCAUGA